AUGGGUGAGCGGUCGUCGGUCCGCUUUUUCCCAUUUAGAAAACAUGAAAAUAAUUCAUCGAAUGAGCAAGUUCAACAAACGAUCCAAUUCGAUGAGGGAUCAUCUGAAUAUAGAUGCCUGUGUAGCUGCUUUCACGUAAAGACAGGAGCAUUCGUCAUUGCUACUGUACAUAUAGCCAUGAUUAUAUUCUUUUUCGUCCAUUCACUAUUAGUUUAUCUUCAACAUGAUGGACGAUUUCAAGAAGCUAGAGGAGUAAAAGAAAAUUAUGUUUUUGGAUCAUUCCUUGCUGAGUGUAUUGGAUUGGGAAUAGCAUCUUUCACAGUUCUGCUACUGCUUAUUGGUCUUUCAAGACAUCAAUCGUUACUUUUGAUUCCGCAUUUGAUUAUACAGGCAAUCUCUGUUGUUCUUUUCGCGCUACUUGUCAUUGCCGGUAUUAUAGCUGUAACAACAGAUUUGGCCGUCUUCUAUCGUUUGAUCAAUGCUGCUCCGUUUGUUGAGCAUCCUAGUUAUAGUACAGUAGGACUAGAUGGAGGCACAAUGCUUCGGAUAUAUUUUCUAUUGACCUUAUAUGGAAUAUCAUUCUUUUUGGAAAUAUGGUUCAUAACCAUCAUCUACAGUUGUGUUCGCUAUUUGGAUGAGCGAUCUACAUAUAUGAAAUACUGUCUGGCGUUUUCAACACCAAUGAAACGAUUAUCUGAGCGUUAA